GCAGGCUCGAGGGAGUAAAUCAUAGAGGCUGUGCAGCUGCGGCUAUCAUGUGAAAGUUGCGCGUUCCACGUCGUCGCCGUCGAACUCGUUGUUGUUGUUGAACAAAUCGUCAAACUUGCCCUUCAUUUAUUUUGUGAAAAAUGAGUAAAGUGGUUUUCGUCGGCAAUGUGCCUUACAAUAUGGGCGAGGAACAACUUAUUGAUGUUUUCAAGUCCGUAGGUCAGGUUGUUGGAUUUCGAUUAGUAUUCGACAGAGACACUGGAAAACCUAAAGGCUAUGGAUUCUGCGAAUUUACCGACCAUGAGACUGCAUCAUCUGCCGUUCGCAAUCUCAACAACUAUGAAGUGGGAGGGCGACCGCUUAGAAUCGAUCUUGCGGAUUCAGACCCUUUUCUUGAAGGAAAAACAACCGUUCGUGGUGAGCUCUUGGACGGUGGAGGUCCUUCAGAUCGCCAGUGGCGCUCAGAUAAUACGAACAAGUCCCAAGACUUUCUUGCUUCUCUGCCGCCGGGUAUACCUGUCCCCGCUGGAUCUACUGUGCUCGACACUAUUAGUCAAACAUUGGCAACUAUGAAUCCCUCGCAAUUAAUGGACGUCCUAGCGCAUAUGAAAGCAUUUGUGAUCACACACCCUGAACAAGCACGAACACUUCUAGUUUCACAUCCUCAAUUUGCGUAUGCUCUAUUCCAAGCCUUGCUAUUGAAUAAGAUCGUGGAUCAGAGCAUUCUACAGCGAAUGCUUGCCGCAACUGUCGGGUCAACAGCUCCGCCUUCUGCACCCACUCCAGCAAAUGUACCUCCACAGCAAUACUAUCCCCCUGGUGGAAAUUAUGGUGCAUCUUCCCAUAUGCCACCCUUCCCACCCAAUAUGGCUACACCAAUGUUUGCCCCUCCACCUGUUUCCAUGCCUCCCCCUAACUACUACAGACCGACUCCUCCACCUGGUAUGACUCCAUCAUCGCAGAUGCAACAUCCAUCCAGUGGUUCGUCGACGCCAGUGUUGCAACAACCCAGUCCCGUCUCUAAAUAACAUUAGCGAGUCUCACAAAGCUUUACUAAGACAAGUAGUGAGUAUGUCCGACGAACAAGUCAACGCACUUCCUGAGACUGAACGUAUCGCUAUCA